GCCGGGAAAGUUUACGGGACGUAGGCGGCGGCGGCGGCGGCGGCAGUCGUAGCGGCUAUUAGGCGGCCCGCAGCGGACCAUGGCCCUGCGCGGGCGUCCCUGGCCUCUCUUCCCUGAGUUCUCGGGCAGCAUCGCGGAGCGGGCAGACUUCCGGGAAGGAGCGGACAAGAGAUUGAGUGGUGGCCGGCGCGCUUAGCGCCCCGAACAUGCGGCAGUCCCUGUGGGCGACCCCGGGCUGCGGAGAGGCGGCGGCGGCGGCGGCGGCGGCUCGGGAGGGAAGGAGGCGGCGGCGCCGGCGGAGGUGGCGGCGGGGACGCCCGGCGCCCGGCGCGGAGCCCUAGGGCGGCUGCUUGGUGUGGCCUGGGGCCUCGUGGACAAGGAUGCUGUCCCGAAAAAAAACCAAAAACGAAGUGUCCAAGCCGGCCGAGGUGCAGGGGAAGUACGUAAAGAAGGAGACGUCGCCUCUGCUGCGGAAUCUUAUGCCUUCAUUUAUCCGGCAUGGUCCAACAAUUCCAAGACGAACUGAUAUCUGUCUUCCAGAUUCAAGCUCUAAUGCCUUUGCAGCUUCUGGAGAUGGAAUAGUUUCAAGAAACCAUAGUUUCCUUAGAACUCCAAUUCAAAGAACACCUCAUGAAAUAAUGAGAAGAGAAAGCAACAGAUUAUCUGCACCUUCUUACCUUGCCAGGAGUCUAGCAGAUGUCCCUAGGGAAUAUGGCUCUUCUCAGUCAUUUUUAACAGAAGUUAAUUUUGCUGUUGAAAAUGGAGACUCUGGUUCCCGAUAUUAUUAUUCAGAUAAUUAUUUUGAUGGUCAGAGGAGGCGCCCACUUGGAGAUCGAGCACACGAAGACUAUAGAUAUUAUGAAUACAACCAUGAUCUCUUCCAAAGAAUGCCACAGAAUCAGGGGAGGCAUGCUUCAGGUAUUGGGAGAGUUGCUGCUACAUCUUUAGGAAAUUUAACUAACCAUGGUUCUGAAGAUUUACCCCUUCCUCCUGGCUGGUCUGUGGACUGGACAAUGAGAGGGAGGAAAUAUUACAUAGAUCACAACACAAAUACAACUCAUUGGAGCCAUCCUCUUGAGCGAGAAGGACUUCCUCCAGGAUGGGAGCGAGUUGAGUCAUCAGAAUUUGGAACCUAUUAUGUAGAUCACACAAAUAAAAAGGCUCAAUAUAGGCAUCCCUGUGCUCCGAGUGUACCUCGGUAUGAUCAACCUCCUCCUGUCACAUACCAGCCACAGCAAACUGAAAGAAAUCAGUCCCUUCUGGUACCUGCAAAUCCUUAUCAUACUGCAGAAAUUCCUGAUUGGCUUCAGGUUUAUGCUCGAGCCCCUGUGAAAUAUGACCACAUUCUGAAGUGGGAACUCUUCCAGCUGGCUGACCUGGAUACAUACCAGGGAAUGCUAAAGUUGCUUUUCAUGAAAGAACUGGAACAGAUUGUUAAAAUGUAUGAAGCCUACAGACAGGCUCUUCUCACGGAGUUGGAAAAUCGCAAGCAGAGACAGCAGUGGUAUGCCCAGCAACAUGGCAAGAAUUUUUAAGUUAAUUUUUUAAAAAUAAAAUUUAAGUUUUAUUAUAAGGGCUUUAAAAUAUUUUCACAGAUUAAAAAAAAACUGCAAACAAGUACUUUGGUUAAUAAAGGCAGCUUACUUUUUUUGAAAUUAUAAAAUUCUAAUUUUACAUGUAUUUUGUUAUUAAAAAUAUUCUUUUAUUGAGAAAAAAAAUGAGUGUAUCAUUUUAAGAGCCAACAUGGCAGACACUUCUAAAUGCUGUAUAUUUGGAAACUGCUUUGAAUAUUCUCGAUGGAGACAAAUGCAACAAGAAAUGUCAUUUAACCAGAUAUUAAAUAGGAAAUGAUCAGUUGGUAAACUCUCACAGUAGCAGUACCUUUCUUCAAAAAACAGAGAACGAGAGAGAUAACCUAUGCAGUAUUUAAAAAAAUGUUUACUGCUUUAGUGUGGAAUAUUGUCUGGAAUUGGAUGGUUUAAAUAUUACCAUUGUAUAGUGCAAAACAUAAAAUGGGAUUUGGGACCUUUAUUGUGAUAAAUUUUUAUAUGUAACGUAUGGAGUCACCUUCCCUCCCCCUCCCCCGAAUGUAAAGAACCCUUUUAAAACAUGUUGAGAAAGUAUUUUUUGGUAUGAAAGGGUGAAGGGUCUAUAAUGUUUCAGGAAUAAAUUUAGGUAUAAGGCCUGUGUGGGAAAAGUGUGCACAGCACUCAAGAGUUGCUAACAUUACAGUACUUCCUUACUUUGGACCAGGGCUUUUAUGGCAUUUAGUAACAUGGUGCUGAUGAGACAGUGGAGGCUUUUCAACAGCAUAGCACGUUGCCAUCCCAACAGACUGGGUUGAACUGCCAAAAAUGACAAUCAGGGAUUCAUUAAGAAAUCUUGGUCAUUAAAUUGAUUCUACAUAUCUUUUAUCUUCUAAGAGUUUGUCACAGAACUUUAAAACCCAGUAUUUCUCUCCCAGUUUUUUUUUCCUUUGGUUUAAUAGUUACUAAGACAUUGUUCAUAAUUAGCACAGUACGUUUGAUUGCAGGCAAAUUUAUGGCACGUCUAGCCUAUAAAUCUCUAGAAUUCUGUGAAUUUCAAAACUUGUUGAAAUAGCUCUUCAGUUAUAUUUACAUGUGUUGUAAAUAUGUAAAUAAAUUUUUAGUUUAGGUAAUCUUCCAAAAUAUAAAGCACUCCCAGUUAGAUAUCAGUGAAUCUGAAUUAUUGAUAAAAUGUUGAAAAUGUUAAAUGUUUGAUUUUAUAUAACAAGCUUAUUAAAUAUAUUUUUGUGGAAACUAAAUGUGUUGCGUUUGAGUCCAUGUUUUAUGCAUAGCACUUAUAUGUAUUCGAUUUUUCCAUUCAGAGGCCCAUAGGCAAAGGAAGCAGUAUAAUGAAAGGGGUAUUCCAAAAUGAAAAUAGACUAGUUGGAAUGUUAUCAGUGGGAAAAGUUAUUUUGCAGGGCAUGUGAUCAGACUUUCCUAAGAUGUGAGCUUAAAUAUCUUAUGAACUCUCACACACUCUUCUGUUUUAAUCAUUUUUUACUCCUUACUAAAUAUUACCAUUUUAUUUAAUUAAGGCUUAGCCAUUUCUAAGAAAGUUAGAAAUUACUCUGUUUUAGAGCUCCCAGAUAAGAGGCAUUACUUUUUUUUUCAUUACCACACUUUUUUUUCCUCUAGAAAGUAAGCUCAAUGAAAUUCCACUACAGAUUUUAGUAAUUAUAAAAACAAUAUAGAAUCACUGGUUUAAAAGAAUUGGAAGAUACCUAAAAGGGCUUAGUGUACAUUCCUUAAAAUGGAAACCUAAAUUUGUAAUGGUGUCAACAUGAAAGAAAAUGCAUUUUGAAUUUAAAAAAAGAGAUAGAAAUCUUCAUCAUUCUAUAUCAUCACCUCCCAAACAUUUCCAAAUUCAGUUGUUUUUAAUAUUGGGAACCAGAGUAAACUUUAAUAAUAGUUCACAUGUUAAAAGAAUAAACCUAUGAUGAAUACAUUUCUUUGUGUACCAAAUGAAAAAAUAUACAAUGCAGUGAAACUCAAAUACAUAUACAAAGUGAUUUUUUGUGCAUUUUUGAUCAAGAGGUUUAUAUUCUAUAUUAAAUCAUGAUAGAAAAGCAAUAUAUAGUUUUUGAUAAAGCAACUGAAAAGCUCUCUUAUAUGUCUUUUAUAAUAAGAACUAAUGGUAUAUGUAAGAUGGUAUAGAUUGAAUCAAGCCUAUUGAGUUAUGAUGCUAUGUUUUAACAAAUGGCUAUGUGAAAUAAUUUAAAAAUUCUUCUGUAGAAAUUAAAUGAGCAUAUCCAAAUGUGGAGUAAUAUUACUACAUGGUUUAACUAUAACCCGGUAGUAGAAUUUAGUAAAUUCAAGCAGAACACAUGUACUGUUAUCAUAAAUAGACAAAUUCUUUAAAUUAUAACAGCAUAUUUGAAGACAAAAUCAGGAAACUGUACAUGUUAACAAAAUAAAACCAUGCAUACAUACAUCUGCUUAUUAAACACUGAAAUAAAGGAACUAAACCAUUUUGCAAUCUUCAGAGGUGCUUGGUAUUUUACCCUGUUCUGAUGGAAGCACUUUGAAUGUUUGCAUGGAGAUGGAAAACAAUAUUUAACUGACAAUUUGGUCAUGCACACCUGUAUUUUUGAAAUUUUGGAUUAAAUUUUCUUCUUUUCUGAUUGUUCAGUAGAUUCUGACUUUGGUGCAGGAAAAGCUUGAUGAUACAGAUGUCUGUGGGUUGCUGCUGCACUAUAAAGCUUGUAUA